GAGUUGUAAAUCUCACAUGCCCCACCUCCUUUUCUCUUUAAUCUACAAAAUUAGAACCUCCUCUUCAAUUAUUCGUCCGUUAUUAUUAUUUUAUUAGCUGCAUAAUUAGGCCUAUAUAUAUAAGAGCCUCCACCACAAAAUUGCAUAUCAAAUUUCAUGUACACAAAUCUUCCCAUUUCUCAAACAUCAUAGAAAACAAUGGUAGCAACUUCACUCAUUUCUUCUUCUUCUUCUUCUUACUCCAACGUCUUUUCGUUCCACCCGAUUUCCGGCACAACCCGAAACCCAAACCGGAACGUUUCUUCAACUAGGGUUUUUGCAUCGAGUAGGAAAGGAGCCGAUCAUGCAGACAAGUACUACCAAAACUACAGCGGCAGGCUGGUGGACGAGAACAUGAUUGUUCUCCGGAAGAGAGUUCACGAGAUGAAGAUGGUGGAGAGGAACUACGAGCCUCCGUCGGAUUGGAUGGACUGGGAGAAGCGAUAUUACACCACCUACGAUUCGUUUAUAUGCCAAGUCAUGGGCCUCUUGCAGUCCCAGUUGAUGAACACCAGGCCGAGUUUUGCUUUGGCAUUCUUGGCUUUGAUCGUUUUGAGCGUGCCUACUUCAACGUUUACGGUUUUCUUCCAUUUUUUGGAGCUCGCAAAGGGGGUCGGUCUUCACUAGCGGCUAUGGAUAAUAUUAAUUUUUUCGUAUAAAUUAAUACAUAGAUAUGCAGGUCUCCAAAUUAAUUAAUGAUAUAAUUAAGUUCUUUUUCCAAGUUCUUUCAUCCACUCUUCAAGGAAGGUCUGAUUCUUGUAAUUUCUUUUUCCUCAAUAACCAUAUUAAGAUGCAUGUUACCUUGUA